AGAGAAAUAUUAAACGUAUAUAGUAUAGCGUAAUAAUGUCUUAAGAAUAAUGAUGAUCGGUUAUACGGCACACUAAAAGUCAUAAUAUUCUUCUUGUGAAACAUUAAGAUAGGUCUUAGAUAUUCAUUAACUAAAUAGAAACAAAAAGCUACAAUUUACGCUGUUAACUCUAUUGUAACAUCACGCGACAGUUGCACAUCGUUUUUGACUGUACGAAUGUAAAGAAAAUGCGAAAAUAUAAUACAAAAUGCUACCGAGUUUAAACAAUACCGUGAGGAAGGCAGUUCAGCGCAAGCAGACAGCAGUACUUGCACAGAAAUGGCAAAAUUGUACGGCGAGUACUUACUACACGCUUAAUCGGAUUCAGUUACUAUGUAUUGGCUUGUGGCCGUAUCAGGCAUCUACUUGCAGAUAUAUUUUAAUAACAUUCUUAUCCAUCACACUUGUAUCCAGUGUAGUAGUACAGCUUAACGUUUUUAUCACAACGAAAUACAGUUUGGAACUUCUUCUGCAGAUACUUACCUAUAGCAUUCCAUGGCUGAUAUAUACAUUAAAGUAUAACAUUCAUUGCUUAAAUAUAAAAAAGGUGGAAGUACUCCUAGAACGAAUACAGCACGACUGGAGUAUAUUAACCAAUGCACGAGAGAUUGAAAUAAUAAAAAAAUACUCGGCUAUUGGGAAAUUUAUUACAUUACUUGUGAUAUUGUUUAUCCAUUUAUCUGCGUUCGGUUUCGUUCUAAUAUACCUUGUAUCAACUUUUCUUUCGGAUACUGCAGUAGAUGUAAAUGAAUCUAAUAUACGAAAUCUUCCGGGAUUAACGGAAUACUUUAUAGAUCAACAGAAGUAUUUCUUUCUGAUUUUGUUUCACAUAUCUUUCUUUGUUUGGUGUGGUCUAGCGGUAGUGGCAGCUACCGAAUCAUUUUAUAUGUCAUUAAUUCAACAUGCGUGUGGACUGUUUCAAAUAGCGAGCUAUCGUAUAGAGCAAGCUUUGCACAAAGACUUAGUACGAAAUGUUACAUCUAUUGUCGAAAGAAAUACGAUAAUAAAUCGCAAAUUAAUCAGUGGAAUAAAUAUGCAUAAAAGAGCAAUCGAGUUUGUCGAAAUGUCAAAGGCAAGUUACAAAUGGACAUAUGUUAUGUUAGGACCAUUAGGAGUAGUCUCACUAAGCAUUAAUCUUUAUCGCCUCUCACUACUGAUAACAAUCAAAGAUUAUCGCGAACUGAUCUCCAGCUUUGUGUUCGUCCUUGGUCACUCUUGGUACAUGUUUUUCGUUAACUAUGUAGGGCAGGAAGUGGUCGAUCACAGCGGGGAUGUGUUUCACAGAAUAUACAACGUACAAUGGUACACAGCUCCGUUGAAAGCGCAAAAGUUAUUACUGUAUCUGAUGCAAAGGACCAUGCGACAUUGCACAAUCGUCAUUGGUGGCUUGUUCGUUACUUCUUUACAAGGAUUUGCCUCGCUUACGAACAUGUCGGUUUCAUAUUUUAUGGUAAUUUCUUCUGUCCAUUGAUCUUGUUUGUAGAGUAAAAUAUAUUUCUUCUGUGUCAUGCAGAACUUCACCAUACAAAUAAUAUAUACAAAUAUUGUAAUAAAUUUGUUUGCAACUAAUAAAA